UCAAUGAAAUCAUAGACUUUAUUCUCAGGCAUUCAAUUGGUUGCAAAUAUAUUGACUUAAAGGGACAGUUGUUUUACAGUACGAGUAGUCAAUCACAAGACAUCACAACUGUUUGCAUAGCGUUUGCUAAACGAAUGAUGAAAUGUUGGAUACAUUUGAUUGAAGACUUCAAUAGACAUACCAUUGACUCAAAAGUAUUAUUUCAUGUGAUUUCACAUUUCAUGUCUUGAUUUUGAUAAUUAAUUUAAUGGAUUCCAAAGAACAAGAGGCCAACUCUAGUGACUCACAAGAAGUGGUCAACAAUGAUGAGAAAGACGCUAAUACUUGGUUCAAUUUCGGUAACCGACAACCAGAACAGGGAUCAGAAUUUGCAGUAUUGAAUAUACACGAAGAUUCACUUGAUUACGACACGACGCACAAGAACUUUGGUAAAUGUCUUAUUUUAAACCACGAAUUCUUUGUUGACAAUCGAUGUCCGCAACGAAAAGGCAGUACUGCUGAUGCAAACUCUUUGUUUCAAUGUUUUUCAUCGAUUGGUUUUGAUGUUAAAAUGAAGACUGAUCUCAAUAGCGAACAAAUCUUUCAAUACAUAUCUUCAGUGGCCAAAGAAGAUCAUUCGGAUAACGACUGUUUUAUUUGUUGUAUAUUAACUCACGGAUACAAUGACUUACUUUGGGCUUACGAUCAGAUGUAUUCAUUGGACACUAUUCUUAGUUUCUUCACCGGAGAUAACUGUCUAUCAUUAGCUGGAAAACCGAAAAUAUUUAUAAUUCAAGCUUGUCGAGGCAUUGAGUAUGACAACGGUGUGUCCAUCAGAGUGCCGACAGUUGGUAGAGAUGUCUGUGACAGCGGAUGUUUCAACAAAACAGUUAAAAUACCAGUUUAUGCCGAUUUCCUAAUUGCUUACUCUUCAAUGUCCGGAUUUUAUUCGUGGAGAAACCAAUUGGAUGGCAGUUGGUUUGUCAGUCAUUUGACUGAUAUUAUCAAACGAUAUCAUCCAAUGUGUGACUUACUGUCAAUGUUGACAAUAAUAAACCAAAGGAUUGCUUAUAAGUGCGCCUCCAGAUGUGCGGACAAUCGGUUUAACGAUAAGAAACAAGUUUCAUGUGUUUCACAUACACUUACCAGAAGAAUAUUCUUCAGCCCUAAAGAUGUGGUUCAAACUUCUUUAUAAAGACUAACAAUUGCCGUAAUUAUAAAAUUUUAAAUAUCAUGAAAAUGUAUUAAUCGAAG